AUGAGCGGAACCAACUGGAGCCGGGACGUUCCGGACCCGCUGAACUCUGGUCAGAGGUUCAUUCCCAGCCAGGACCUGGACCAGGACGAAUUCCUGCAGGCCUCGAGCCACAAGAAUCUGGAGAAGAAACCAGGUUGCAGGAAGAGGCUUUGGAUUGGACUUGGACUGCUGCUGUCAGCCGGCGCCAUGUCUCUGCUGACCGGACUUCUGGUGUGGCACUUCCACCUGCGCAGAAACGUCAAAGUGACACGGCUCUACAUCGGCUCCAUGGGGAUCAGCGACCAGAAGUUUCUGAAAGCGUACGAAGACCCCCACAGCCCAGAGUUCCAGAGCCUGGCAGGUCAGGUGGGCCAGCAGCUGAAGCUGAUUUAUUCGGCCAACUCCGUGUUGUCCAAAUACUUGAAGAGCUCCAGCGUCCAGGCGUUCAGUGAAGGCGACUCUGGCGUUGUGGCGUAUUACCAGUCAGAGUUUGAGCUUCCCGCCCCCCAGCAGAACUCUCUGAAUGAAGCCAUUCGUUCUCUGGAGGAACCUGCAGAAACCCAGAUGGGUCGGCACGGACGGCUGCUGCUGAGACCAACCGACGCUCUGAACGUCAACGGAGUCACGUCUGGAGCUCUGGAUUCACGACUGAGCAGAACCUCGGUGUCUGAGAAGGAGCCCAUCAACGUCCACGUCCGGGAGCAGGGACAGAUCAGUUCUCCGGGGUUUCCUCAUACUUCAUAUCCUCCAAACUUCUACCAGAAGUGGAGGCUUCGGGCCGACCCGGGACACCGGGUCCGGCUCGACUUCCACACUUUGAUCCUGGAGGAGGACUGUCAGCGAGAUUUCAUCAAGAUCUACGACUCCCUGGUUCCGAUCGAGCCUCGAGCUCUGACAGAACAGUGUGGGUACCCCCGGGGCUCGCUGUCCUUCCUGUCCUCUGGGAAUGUCAUGCUGCUGACACUGCUCACCGAUGACGAGAAAAACUUCCCCGGCUUCAGGGCCGCCUACUCCCAGGUUCCUGUCCAACCUGGAGAAGAAUGUGGAGGAAGACUCACGGAAGAUGAAGGCUCCUUCUCUUCACCCUUCUUCCCAUCCAACUACCCCCCUCAGAGCCGGUGCCAGUGGAUCAUCCAGGUUUCAGAGGAAAAGUUUGUGAAGGUUCAGUUCAAGAGGUUCUCCGUGGGGAACGACAGUCAGAAAUGUGUCGGGGAUUACGUUGAGGUCGACAGUAAAAGGUUGUGUGGCGGCGACUUAAAGGACACCGUCUUCACCAGCCAGAGCAGCAAGAUGUCCAUCUGGUUUGUCUCGGACUCGUCCAUCGUCCACCAGGGCUUCACCGCCGUGUACGAAGGUUUCGUCCCGUCCAACCCUUGUCCCGGGCGGUUCCGCUGCAGGAACAACAUAUGUAUCAACGCCUCUCUGCACUGCGAUGGCUGGAACGACUGCGGGGACGACAGUGAUGAGGACAACUGCCGGUGCGAGGCGUCCCAGAUGCAGUGUAGGAACGGUCACUGCAAGCCCUGGUUCUGGCAGUGCGAUGGCGUGGACGACUGCGGGGACAACACAGAUGAAGACAAGUGUGGAACGUGUGCAGCUGCAGAGUUCUCCUGCAGGAACGGGCGCUGCGUCUCAGAGCAGUUGACGUGUGACGGACACGACGACUGCGGGGACGGGUCGGACGAGUCCAAGUGUCCAAAAUCUCUGCUGCUGAGCUGCUCCAAGUUCACGUUCCGCUGCAGCGACGGACGCUGCGUCAGCAAACAGAACCCCGAGUGUGAUGGAGAGCCGGACUGCAGGGACGGUUCUGAUGAGUCCAAUUGCCGGUGUGGCACGCCUCCGUUCCGCAGCUCUCGGAUCGUUGGCGGUCAGGUGUCGCGGGAGGGGGAGUGGCCUUGGCAGGUGAGCCUCCACAUCAAAGGGCAGGGACACACCUGCGGGGCGUCGGUUCUGAACGAACGCUGGCUGCUGACCGCCGCCCACUGUGUCCAGGACGACAAAAACGUCAGGUACUCUCAGGCCCACCUGUGGGAGGCCUUCCUGGGUCUGCUCAUUCAGGGUCUGACCAAUGAGUGGACGGAGACGAGGAACAUUGCGCGAAUCAUCGCCCACCCAAACUACGACCCCGGCACCUUCGACAACGACCUCGCCCUCAUGGAGCUGGACUCUGCGGUCACCCUGAACCAGAACAUCUGGCCCAUCUGCCUGCCCUCCCCCUCUUAUGAUGUCCCAGCAGGCCAAGAGGCCUGGAUCACCGGCUGGGGUUCCACCGCAGAAGGAGGAGAUUUGGCCAAGAUCCUGCAGAAGGCCCAGGUCCGAGUCAUCAACAGCACCGUGUGUAAGGUUCUGCUGCAGGACCAAGUCACCGACAGGAUGCUGUGCGCCGGAGUCCUGCAGGGCGGCGUGGACGCCUGUCAGACCCUGCAGGGGUUCCACACCUGGGUUUGGUCCUGGUGUAGAGUGAGGGGGUCUGCGAUCAACAUGGUCCAUCAUGACUCCAAAGUUCAGAACGUGGUGCACACAAGCCCCGCUUGA